CACUGCGACAGUGACGACGUGGUACAUGAUGAUGAACCCCUUGUCGGGUUGGAGAUGGUUGGGUCUUGCUUGCGCUCUGUCUACCGCCGCGGGUUAUCUAGUACCAAUAAGAGAUACCGAUGACGUCCGUGAAGUAUGUUCAGGCAUGUAUGGGGGGAAACAAGCUUUCAUAAGCCUCACCUUCGACGACACUUCCGUAGGCCAAGUAGCAGUGGUCAUUUACGAAUGGAAAGAUGCAAAGUAUCUAGGAGCGGAUACCAUCUCUGGGGAUCAUGAUGAUGUGGGUGGGGAUCCUCCUAAAACGUAUAUUUGCACUACAUCUGCUGUCCGCUCUGGCUUAUGCUCCUCAUCACAACUAGGUCAAUUCAUCACUUCCCUUCCAGAUUCCAUCCCUCUAUCCUCCACAUCCAUAUUCACAUCAGCUAUCAAAUUCCAAUCUUCUUCAUUCCCCACUCCCACCUCACCUUAUCCUCCAACCGGAGAAGAUGAAGUCUACCCUGUAGAAUCUUCCACAACUAGAAUCGGUUCGUAUCCCACAGGAGUUUCCGAUGAACCAACGGGUGACCCUGAUGAACCUUUUGAAGAAACGGGUGAUCCUUAUGGUGAUGGAGGAGACGCGGAUGAAUCAUAUGGCAAUGAAGAAACAGGUGACGGAGUGGAGACGUAUACUGGACCUAUCGAGUAUGCCGUUCCGAAAACGGGAUAUUAUUGUGUCGACAACACAAAGAGAUCAACAGACGGAACACAUCAUCUCGUCCGUGAUGAUAUGAAUCCAAGACAGACACACGCGGAAUACAGCGGGACGGUUCUGUUCAGAAAUACUUUCGAAGGGGAAUUACCAGCUGUUGAAUAUCCCAAGAUCAACUUUUACUUCGUCUUGAGUGUCGUAUACUUUGUUCUGGGAUGUGGAUGGGCGUAUCUUUGCGUAAAAUAUCGUUCGGAGCUUUUACCAAUGCAAUAUUACAUAUCCGGAACCAUCCUCUUCCUAAUAAUCGAAAUGUUAGCUCAAUUCGCUUAUUAUCGUUAUGUGAACAAACACGGUGGAAACACAGGUUCAUUAGUAUUCUUAUUCGUCAUUGCAACUUUGAACGCAGCUAGAAAUUCUUUAAGUUUCUUUUUGUUGUUGAUUGUUAGUAUGGGAUUAAGUGUGGUGACUCAAAGUCUAGGAGUGGUAAUGAAUCGAGUUAGGAUUCUAACUUUGAUGCAUUUCGUUUUUGGAGUUCUUUAUUCAAUAGGAACUGUUCAAGUUGAACUUGAUAGUGCACCUCUUUUCUUGAUUCUGGUUCUCAUAUUUCCACUCGCUUUGACCUUGACGGGGUUUUUGAUGUGGAUUAUUAUUUCUUUGAAUGGAACAAUACUUCAUCUUCAAGCUCGGAAACAGAGAUACAAAUUAGCAAUGUUUAAACGUCUUUGGAGGAUCUUGGUCAUUUCAGUCAUUGCCGUUGCGGUAUUUUUUGUCAUUAGCUCUAUGAGUCUUUCGAAUCGAUUAGAAGAGGACUACGCUCCGAAUAAUUGGAGAUAUCGAUGGAUUCUUUUAGAUGGGUCGUUGGCUACUAUUUAUCUAUUGGCGUUUUCAGGUAUCGCAUGGAUUUGGAGACCUGUCAGUUUAACUUUUCUCUGCCUUUCCCUCUCCUUCUCCGACUUCAAUAACAUCCGUUUCUCCAUGUCUCAAGAAUUAGCUCAAGACGAAGCAGAUGCCGAUGCAGAAGAUUACGAAAUCGGUUCGUUGGAACAUGGUCAUUCUCACAUGCCUCUGGCCACGGAACCGCAAGAUGACGAGGAGGGUGUUCCAUUACGACAUGGAGAACAUGGCGAAACGGUUUUUGCUAUGGGAGAGGAUAGUGAUGAAGAGGGAUAUAAGGAUGAUGAUGGGAAAGGGAGAGGAGGGAAAGAUGAUUGA